CUGGGCAGGAAGGGUAUAAAGCCAGUAGGAUUCCAGUUUCACUACAACAGGAGACAGCAGGUAGGAGAAGACGCCACAGACGCAACAGACCAUAUACUACUGUAGUGUACCUUUACAAGGAGUCAUGGUGAAGUGUGUAGCCGUAAUUCUGUCAGGGUGUGGAGUCUAUGAUGGGACUGAGGUCCACGAGGCGUCAGCUGUACUGGUCCACCUCAGCAGGGCUGGAGCUAAGGUCCAGAUGUUUGCCCCCAACGUGGACCAAAUGCAUGUAGUGAAUCACUGUGAGGGGAAACCCACAGCUGAGAAACGCAACGUCCUGGAGGAGAGUGCUCGAAUCGCCCGCGGCGAUGUGUCUGACCUUGCCAAGCUAGAGAUCACCGCCUUCGACGCCCUCGUUAUCCCAGGUGGUUUUGGCGUGGCUAAAAAUCUGUCUGACUGGGCUGUGAAGGGGAAGGAGUUCACGGUUCAACCCCAAGUAGAGAAGCUGAUUAAGGGGUUCCACGCUGCAGGCAAGCCCCUGGCUAUGUGCUGCAUCUCCCCUGUCCUAGCUGCUAAGGCUCUGCCGGGGUGUGAGGUCACCGUGGGACAGGACAAGGAGUGUGAGAGAUGGCCCCAUGCCCAGACGGCAACUUCCAUGAAGGAGCUGGGCUGUAAACACGUGAAUAAGAAAGUGGGGGAGGUCCACAUCGAUGUGAAGAACAAGCUGGUCACCUCCUCCGCCUUCAUGUGUAACGCUCCCAUACACGAGGUGUUUGACGGGGUGGGCGUCAUGGUUACAGAACUGCUCAAACUGGCCUAGGACACGUCUGAGAUUCAGAAUACUGAUUAGCUGUGCUUCUCAAAAGUCACCCUGUUCCCUUUAUAGUGCUGAUGUGAUCUUCUCAAAAGAUACCCUGUUCCCUUUAUAGUGCUGAUGUGAUCUUCCCAAAAGGCACCCUGUUCCCUUUAUAGUGCUGAUGUGAUCUUCUCAAAAGAUACCCUGUUCCCUUUAUAGUGCUGAUGUGAUCUUCUCAAAAGACGGGAAUCGGGAGCCAUUUGGGAAGUGACCUCACAAUCAUGUUUGUUGUUGUUGUUGUUGUUGUUGUUGUUGUUUGUUUACCUGGAGACCCUCCUGAUUGGAAUGUAAUGGACAGAAGAAGCAGAAGAAGACGGUGUUUCUGUUGCUUCAUCUGUCUGACUGUGGGAUGACUUGUGUUUUUAUCAACAUCGUAAUAAAAGUCAAACCAAAUUCUAAAAAUG